UUAAGAAAUCUACUACAAGGUAUGUGGAGCAAAUACUAACAAUAAGCCACAGUGGGAUGAAGGAAGAAGGCCCUUACCCAGAUGGAGAACGUGAGCAUGGAGGCUAGUUAAAUGUUCGGCAUUUUUUUAGCACUGUUUUCUUGACCGCUGUUUAUAGUGGUGAAACAGUGGAACAGACUGUAAGGAGAACAUCUUAUUGGCCUCAGUGAAUAUUAUGACACUAUUGCUCUUUGCCCAUAUUGGUAUAUUUCACCGUCUCAACAACCCUGGGUGGUAGGCACUAUUAUGAACUCUCCUUAACAGAAUGGGAAACUGAGGCACCGCUUACUUAGCUCUUGUUCACAGUGACGGCAAGUCACCGGUCCUGAAUCCUAUUAUUUGGCUGUGGGGCAGGUCUUACUUUUUUGCCUCCACAUCACACCAUCUCUCUGACGCACAGCAAAACCAAGAGACAUUCAUCUAAAAUGUCGAGAAAAUGGAGAAGGGUUGGAAUGGGGGUACCGGUUUGGCCAUUGUCGUAAGUAUGCAAUUUGGUGGUCAUCUUACAGUGGCUGAAAUGCCCGCCUCCUAUUAGAUUGGCCUUCAAUAAUUCUGGAAAGAAAAGGAAUUUGGCACCAAAGAAGCAGUGACAUAAAUAGUGAUUUAAGUAUCUACGGAACGUAAACGUUGAGAAGAUGUUACUAUUGCCAGAGCAACACCUCCAAAUGGAAGGAUCAUGGUGUCAUGACAAAAUUACAAGCUGCAUUUAGAGAAUUUAUAUUAUAUAUGGGAGCGUUUAAUGAAGUGAGAUGUAAUGAAAUGCUGGAGCCUGUGAACAAAGGAUAUAAUUACAAUGGAAAGAAUCAGUAUAAAAAAACUGUCCUCAGAAGUUCCAAAUCUUGGCUAUGUCUAAGAGAAAUCAGAAUGCAAUCAGAAACAAUAGUCAUCGAAAUUUGGGCGUGAUGAAAAACAAUGGGAAAAAAAUAAGCAGAAAGCAGUCUACUAUGAAACAGAUGAUGAUGUUACUUGAGGGACCAGAUGAAGGAGCUAGCUGGAAAUGUUUCCCAGGGGACUGCUAUUUUGAAUUGUGACUUAAAGGAGAUGGAAAUGCAUUUCUGAAGAUUUGGAGUAUGACAGAGUAGGACAUCUGGGGGCAGGGUGAGGGGACACUCAGCGAUCAAAAAGACUAAAUUCAAGGAGUUGCGUUUUCACUUGCAAAAUUGAUUGGAAGUUGAUGUUAAUCACAGAGGAUACAGAAAAACAGGAAAGGAAUCCUAAAUGGGGAUCAUUCGUAACACAUGGCUUUUGAUCCAUGUUUAAUUGGGUGCCACCAAACUCUGCAUUAGCUUUCGUUUUAAUUAGUGGAAGGAAGAGCAAGAGAACAGUGCUAUAUUAAGAAGAGGUCUGAAAGCAAAUCAAAAUAAGAUUCUACUGGAAAACCUGCUAAGGAGUGUCGGGGAGUAGGUGGGAAGUGAAGGGGAGUCAGAAACCCAAGUGUGGCUAUGCGGUGGCAGGAGACGUCUCUGAUGUGGUGAUCAGCAAAACUUAGAGAAAACUGCCACCAGGUCAGAUGGAGAUUUGCAGUAUUGAGGAAUCCAGAAAAGACCAAUGUGAUUCAGUCCAGCUGAUUGAUACAGAACUCAUAUCACAGGCGUUUAGACUGUCCUCUGCUUUCUCGUAGCCGGCUUACGUCUUUGCCCUUAUUCAUCCUUCCUGCAGGUGUUCUCUUGGAUUAAUUCAAUCAGAUGGUUGUUUUUCAUCGACCUACACUGUCAGCUCGACAUCAGGCAGUAUGUGUAGAGUAGCCAGUACCUGCCCUGCCGGGGGUGUGUCUGUUGAGUGAUAACUAUGGGGUCCGAUAUAACUGAGUUUUUUAUAUGCUGGACGCUCUGAGCUGUGCAGUGUAGGUGAAUCAUCUGUUUUCCUGAGGCUUUUCUUAACCGCAGAAAUGAGACUGACAAUAGUUUUGUGGUGAGGAUUACAUGAGAUGAUACAUCCUAUCAAAUAGAUCGCAGGUGUUGAGUACCUGUCAAAACCCUUUGCAUUCAGGAGAGCAUUAUCCUGGAGGGGUGAGGGCAGUAUGCAUUAGGGCAGCAUAAAACAGUGUGUGUUCUACAUUGCAGCGAUCUAGGGGCACCUGGGUGGCUCGGUUAGUUGAAUGUGUCACUUCGGCUCAGGUCACGAUCUCAUGGUUUGUGAGUCUGAGCCCCACAUCGGCCUCCCUGCUGACAGCGUGGAGCCUGCUUGGGAUUCUCUCUCUCUCCCUUUCUCUCUGCCUCUCCCCCACUCAUGCUCACUCUCUCUCGAAAUAAAUAAACUAUAAAAAAAAAUAAAGAAUAAAUGAAAUAAAGAAAUUGCAGUGAUCUAGAUCAGCAUUUUGUAAAAACAUGCUCUGCUGAAUCCUGGAUCCCCAGGCUGUUACUAGUUGUUUGGGGAAUGGAGAGAAAGUCUCUAAUUUGGGGAUAUUUUUGGUUAUCUAGAGUUAAAUGAAAUUCUACACUGCAGGGCCUAUCCGAUCUUUUAAUAUGCUAAAAGGCAUUCUACGUCUCAUUUGGAGAUUUGGGAACAGGUGGGUGAGGAAUGAAACAUAAUGUUUCCCAAGCCUGUUUGACCACAGAAUUAUUGCUUUGGGGACUCUUCUUCUGUGAGACACGCCAGGGAAUGGGAGUAUGUACUUCAAAAGCUUGCUGGAGUUCAGAGCAGUGGGAGAGCAGAGGGGGAGGAUUUCACACAGAGAUGGACAUUUGAAUGGUGUCUCUUGGAAUGAUAGAGGUCUCCCGGAGACAGACUUGUCCUAAUUAUCUAUUUCCUCGAUCCCCAGGGCAUAGUAGGUAUUCAGCAAAUAUCUGUGGCAAGGAGAUUAAUGGAUUAUGAUUUGAAUGGAUAGAAUGCAGCCAUGAAGGCAUUGUGAUAGAGGAGGAGGGGGACAGGAAGAGCCAAUGUUGAGACAAGAAUAGAGGUGGCUCCCCUGUGAAUCAGUGGGUAGGCCAGUUUAAGUGAGGUGAUGGUGUCAUUCGGCAGAGGGGGAAGACAGGGGAGUCAGGCAGAGGACGGCCAGGUUGUGUUGGACCUUGAAAGUCAGCAGAAAGCUUGGGCUGUCAGACACAGGGCAACCUUGUAGUCUUGAGCUCAGAAGUGGAAUAAAAGCAAAGUUGAAAGGUUAUCUGCUCGGUGCUAUGUAGGAGGGACCGUGAGAACAGCCUGGGUCCUGGCCUGGAAAUGGUUGCAGCAUCCGGGCCACAGUGAUAAGGCUUUGGGCAUGGAGCUCAGCCAGCACUGAAGGAUGACACACACAUCAGAUAUUCAAAAGAAAAAUGGGAAUGACUUGGGGUCUGAUUGGAGAAGGAUGAAGGGACGAAGGGCUGUGGCUGGGGUAGUGGGGAAGGCAAAUGCGCCCGAUGAGCACCCCAUGUCCUCACUCAGCUCCUACCUGUGCCCAGACCUUGAGCAAGUCACUAAGCACCCUGUGUCAUCUGUCCAUAAGCGUGGAACCACUGAAAGACCAGUGGACUGCCACGGAAGCAUGUUAGUCAUCGUCACGAGAGGGAUGGGUGUUAACUCUUGGGAUCAGCUAUAGGGAUGGGACUUGGAGGAAAAAAAUCUGGUCUGGAGCCCAGUGGGGUUUUCAACAAAAUUGUGUAGUUUUUGGACUUUUGCACCAACCUCCUUUUGCCUUCCUCUCACAGUAUCUUUGUUUUAUCAGGCCUGCCCUCUCCUCUUCCUGCCCUUCCCCUGAUGUGAGAUGUUCGAGGGGUAUGCUCCAACCAGUGUGCAAGCGUGGAGGUGACGUGUGAACAGUGGGUAAUGCUCAGGGGCCGUCACAUGGAGCUUUGAACUGAGCCACAGGUUUUGACAGUGUGGAGAUGAAUACAGCUUACCACACUUAGUUGUGUCAAACUUGCCCCAAAGGGAUAUUUUUGGGCCAGUGGAAUGUACAAUGAUUUCCUCCAUGAGCACUUCCCGAGGUCACAGUCGGAGCAGUCACCGGUUUUACUCAAACAACACGGGGACGCUGAUGGGAGAGGAGCAGGUGGAUGGGGUGGUAUUGUUGUAGCAGUUAUUUGGGAGACAUGAGUGGGCUGUACGUGCUAUCAUUAUUGCUCACUGAUUCCAUCUUUUGGGUCCAUUGUCCUCCCUCUGUCCCUCCUCGCUUUCUCUCUUUCCUUUUUGUUUUUAAACAUUUCAACUCAACCAGAACAUUCUCCUAUGCAAAUGUGCGCUGGGCAUUGAAUGUGCGAAGACCAAUGCUCUUCCAGGUCCAGAAUGUACUUGCCCCGUGUCCAUGUUCUUUCUCCAGUUACUCCACACAGCAUCUGUUUUACUUCCGGUUGAGUACCAUGACCUUGAGUUGCCCCAUAAGCUUUGAGAGCAAAUGCCAUUUUUACACCCUCUCUUGGGUUUAUCUGUUGUGUGUAUGUUUUUAAGUUUAUUUAUUUAUUUUGAGAGUGUGUGUGUGUAUGUGUGUGCACACAUGGGAGCACAAGUGGGGAGGAGCAGAAAGAGAGGGAGAGAGAGAAUCCCAAGCAGGCUCUGCACACUGUUAGUCCAGAGCCUGAUGCCAGGCUUGAACUCAUUAGCUGGGAGAACAUGACCUGAGCCGAAACCAAGAGUCAGAUGCUUAACUGACUGAGCCACCCAGGCACCUCAGGUUUAUUUGUUAUAUUGAUUUCUUUCAAAGACUUAGUUUGCAUUUAUCUCUUCCAGAUUAUGAUUUGCUGUCUCAUCAUUUUCAGCUUUUUUUCAUAAUUACCUGCCUUUUCCUAGUUUUUAAAGUUGUCUUUGUUAUCUUCUGUAAUUUCUUAAAGUGAGUAUCAAGUUCAUUUAUUUUUAGUAUUUCUUGUUAAUAAUGAAGGCAUUUAGGGGCAUACAUUUCCUGACACCAGGUUGGGCUGUGUCCUGAAGUUUUGUAUGAAAAUUUCCUGUUUCAUUUCCUUAAGGACAGUUGAAAGUUUCAAUUUUGAUUUGUUCCUUUGAUUUAAGGGUUUUCCAAGAGUAUUUCAUUUCCAAAUAGUUGAGAUUAUUAUUUAUUUAUAAUUUUAUUGGAUGUGAUCAAAGAAUGCAGUCUGUAAAAUUGCUGCUUUUUAAGACGUUUAAGGAUUUGUUUAAAAUUUUUUGCAUAGUCAAAUGCACAAUCAGCAUUUGUAAGAAUUGUGUUAUGUAUUCUUGAGAAAUUGCCUAUUUUAUGUUUAUUAUAUAUACACAUACAUGUGCACACUUCUAUAUCAGGUUUGUUGUAUGUUUCAUUUAUUUUGUUGUGGCCCUUACUUUUUCUAGUGCUGUUCAGUUUCAAACAAUGUAUCAUGGAGUCUCUCACUACCAACAUAUUUUUAUCCUGUUCUUCUUGCAUUCCUAAGAAUUUUUGCUUUACAGCUUUUCAUUUGCUUUAUUUGUUGCAAACAAAUUUUUGAUGAUCAUUCCUUUCUCAUAAAUUGUCUUUUUACACUACCAGAUGACCUCUGUAUCCAGUUUAGUGUUUGUUAACUUUUCUUAUUAUUAAUAUUGUCACUUUGCAUUACAUUUAUCUGGUAUAGACAGGUGGUACUCAUCUAUUUUCAAGUUUUCUUUAUUAAUAUUGAGUAUGUUGAUUAGAAAUUACGUAUAAGUUGGUUUUGCCUUUUUAGCUCUACUUAUUAGUCUUUGUCUUUUAAUGGGAGAAUUUAGUCCAUUGAUAUUUAGUGUAAUACCCAGUGAACUUGAUUAUAUUCCUUUAUCUUAAUUUCACAGGAAAUAUCUCUUCUUUAUUAAAUUCAGUUCAUGCUCAGUAAACACUAAACAAAGUUUCAGUCGUGACAGGCAGUAUUUGAAAUGACAGUAGGUGCUCCAAGUAAAAAUGAGUGUCAGGCAGUCAUAUGGAGGUAGAAGAGAACUGGAACCAGAGAAUAAGACUGGGCAGAUACCCAUUGGCAUUAUCUGCUCUAUUAGUCGGGGCUCUCCAGAGAAACAGAGAAACGGUUGGGAAGAGAGCAAGAGCAAGACUGAGAGAGAGAGAGAUAUUUAGUUUAGUUUGAAGAAUUGGUUCACACAGUUGUGGGUACUGGCAACCUGAAGACUGUGGGGCCAGGCCACCAAACUGGAAAUUCAGGCAAGAGUUGAUGCUGCAGCCUUCAGUUCAAGAUCUGCAGGCAGGAAACUCAGGUAGGGUUUCUAGGUCUUGAGGCAGAUUCCACCCCCCCGCACCCCCCCCCCCCCCGCCAGCUCCCCAAAGGGACUAUAAGUCCCACCCACACUAUGGUCAGAGUGUGCUGACUCAGAGUCUGCUGAUGUAAGUGUUAAUCACAUCUAAAAAAUACCUUCACAGCAACAUUUAGACAGAUAUUUGACCCAACGGCUGUGUCAAGUUGACACAGAAAAUUAACCAGCGCUGUAGCAAAAGCUGACCAAAUGUAAAUGGACCAUCCCUAAAGCAAACAAUGACUACAAACAAAAAUAGAGCCAAAGUUCAAGCUUUAGGGAAUUACCACAAUUGGUUUUCAUUGUUUGAUUCAGAAAUGAAAGCACCCUUCUUCUUUUGGUGAUGCAUACAAUCUGUGCUGGACUUAAGAAAUGUAUAUUUGACUUUUUUUUUUUCCUUUUUAACGGUUGUCCGUAUUUCUUUAGACCAGAACUUUAGGAGGUUGUGCCUCCUUCUUGAGUGUCCGCUGUUUCAUUAGCCUUCUCUGCAUGUUAGUGGUCUGUUUGUCCUGGGGUGGACGAGUGGUGAUACAUUAAUCCUGCUCUGGACCGCUGUCAAAGGCCUCCAUACAGCCUGAAGCUAAAUAGAGACCACCCCCCACCCCCCAAGGCUGCUGUGCUGAUGGCCCACCCUGUCCCGACUCUUCCAGACCCCAGCCCAGCCCCAUCUGUGGGCGUGGUGUUUCUGGGAGGAUUUCUGGAAAGUCUGUGCAGUCCAAUGUGCACCUUUGCAGUCCAGUGUGCACCUUCAGUCUUUACUAAACAAAUCAUUUUAGCAUGACUUAGGUUAGUUAGGAUUUUAGUGUCCUCAAUUGUGAGCAGUGUUUUUAAACCAGGAUAACUGCUUGGUGGUUAAGCACAUGUGUUUUGGAUUUCAGUCUUGGGUCUGCCUGGAUUAAAAGGGACACUCCCACACUUAGUGGGCAUGUAGACUUACUCAAGUGACCUAAGCUUUUGAAGCUCCCUUUCUCCAUUUAUGAAAUGAAGAUAAUAACCAGUCUUAUAUCACCUUUUGCUGUGAGACUUAAAUGAGGUAAAGGUUGCUUAUUUUAAUUAUGAAAGUAUUGCUUCUUCUACCCAAAGAAGCAUUCCUUUUCCAUGUGACAACUUCUAAUUCAUUUUAUUUACUUUUUUUAAAGAUUUUGUUUUGGGGCUCUUGGGUGGCUCAGUUAGCUGAGCGUCCGACUUCCACUCAGGUCAUGAUCUCACGGUUUAUGAGUUCGAGCCCCACUUUGGGCUCUGUGCUGAGAGCUCAGAGCCUGGAGCCUGCUUCGGAUUCUGUGUCUCCCUCUCUCUCUCUGCCCAUCCCACCCCCGCCCCUGCUCAUACUCUCUCUAUCUCUCUUUCAAAAAUAAAACAUUUAAAAAAAUUUGUUUUAAUGUUUAUUUUAUUUUUGAGAGAGGAGGGUCAGCAAGAGAGGGAGAUAGAGGAUUCCUAGAAGGCUAUGCACUGAUAGCAGAGAGCCCAAUGGGAGGCUUGAACUCACCAACCGUGAGAUCAUGACCUGAGCUGUAGUCAGACACUUAACGGAUUGAGCCACCCAGGUGUGUUUUUUAAGAAACAAAAACUCAGGCCAUAGACGGUUAAAUCCAACCUCUCCCACCAGACACCUGUAUCUUUAUACGUUCAUGGCCUUUUUCAGUGAGUGGAUGUCUACAUCUGUUAUAAAAGGUUUAUUGAAACAAAUUCAAGAGAAAGAAUCCCAUUUGCUAUCCAAAUCCAUCAUGGAUCCCUCUGAUGUGGCUACAUUUACAAACAAAAUAGCCCUUCUACAUGCAUUUGCUGAGCUCUGACUUGGUUAGUGGUGCUUAGUUGCUGGCAGGCAAAUCACGGUGCUCUCAUAGUCCAGCUCAGUCCAGCUCGCCAUUUUCCUCAUUUAAGGACAGUAGGAAAAAUCAUUAGUGGAUUUGCAAACCUUGGCUUUUCUGCCCAGCCUGUGUUUCCUUAUUGCUGAGAGUAUUAUGCUCCACAUUUACCCCGCUGUAAAUAUUUCAAUAUUCUCCAUCAUCACGGUAAUGAUGUCAUCCCUGGUUACAAAAUCUUUGGUCUGUGCUUACCUCAGUCCGCCUGCAGACGAGUGGGUUAAUCAGGUUGCUUUCACAUCUGAGUUAUUUCUGGGACUCUCUUCAUUUGUCUGACUUACAGAUUCUGACUGUUCUCACUCACUCUCUUUUCUGAGCUUGAAUUCAGUAAGUAAAAGCGGAGAUAUUGUAAUUUCCUAAACAACCCAAAGGGCAGAUGUGGUCUAAUUUAUAACCCCUCUGACUGCUGAAUCAACUUUCGUGUGCUCUGUCUAAUGGAACUUUGAGGAAUAACCGAAUAAAGCCUAGAUCUGGUUAUACCUUGUUUUUGUUUGUUUCAUGUUGCGUUUGUGCCCCACUGGGUAAAGCACAAGUGUGGGCUUCAUCUGGUUGUAUUUUCAUCUUACAGAGGCAGUAAUUGAAUCUCUGACAGUAGUCUUGCCUCCAAGGAGUGUUCCAACUCAGGCUGCUAUAUUAAACCAGGGUAGCUCUUGGUUCCCUCGGAAGAUAAUGUCGCAUCUGUUGACUGUGAACGAUGGCAGGGCAAACCUCUCAGAAUAGUCAGAGGAGGGGAAAUGGAGCAUUUACAAUUCUUUCUAGGAAAAGAGCCAUUCUGAGUGCUUUACCUAUGGAUGCUCUCUCUCUGAACAUCUGGGUAGGCUCAGCAAGGUAUGGGGGGGCGGUAAAAUUUGCUCUCUGACCUUUCAAAGAUGCUGCUGAUUUUCUUGCCCUUGCAGCAGGGCUGUGUGGCAUGUUAAAGCAGGCUGCAGUGUUGACUACUGCUACUUCUGAGAUUCUGCAGGGUUCUAGCAGAUUCUGCAGGGUUCUAGCAGAUUCUGCGGGAGCCUGCCUUCAAAUGUUUCCCGGCUCCCUGCAGAGCCAGAAAGCCAGAAAGAAGAACUUUCUGCAGUAGCACUUGACAGCUAUUUGAUAACAUCACUGUAAACUCUCCUGAGUUUGGAGCAAGUCUCAUUCAAACCUUGCUGAUACCUCAGGGUCAGCAGCCUUAGACUUGGGAGUGUGAGGUGUGUCCGCAAUAAAGUUAGAGUGAGAAGCAAGAGUGCUGUGCCCAGUGUCGCCAUGAGGGGCUGGGCACAAAUUUGGCAGAAAUUUGCCUGAAGCUUUAUGCAAACAGGGGUUCUAUAAAAAUUGAUUCGAUUGAUUUUGAUGUUAUUCUGGUAACUUAUGUAAGUUAGUACAAAUAUAUGAAAGAUGCAAGUAUGUUAUGAAAGAGUUAAAAAAAAUUCUCAACACCUUCCCCUACCUCCUCUGCAACCGGAGGCCAAGAGAAACUACACACACACACACACACACACACACACACACACACACACACACAUUCCAGCAAAGAACCUGUUUUGCAAGUUUUGCUGGUAAAAAGUAGGAAGGGGGUUGCUGGAAAGUGGAAAAGCCUUAGAAGUAUCAGUUGAAAGUUUUUCAAAUCGUAUGUUUUUGAUGUAACUUUAUCCUGCAGAGAGAGGCAUAUGUGCCACCGAAGGUUUUUCUUUAACCGAUUAAGCGCAUUGUUAGACAGGGAGGGGCAGAUUAACGAAUGCCUAUAAUUUUGAUCAUUGUUUUCUGCAAAACAGCUCAGGCUUUGAAAAUGAAGCCAUCGUCCUUGGCUGAGUCUCUGCCAACAGCACAAAUUAUACUGUGCAGAGAUCCAAAGCCCCUCGAAAGGUUUCAUUAAUGAACAAUUUCAGACGAUUGUUUAAGUCUUUGCCUGACAGGUAACGUUGGCAUGUAGGCAGGUGGAGUUAGGGUUUCCAUGGAGAUUUAUGAUGUCAUGCUUGAAAGAGCAUGUCAAGACAGCCAAUUUAACAAGUAGCUACUCAGAAAGUCCUAUAGGCUAGAAGUAAGGCUUUAUGCAAAUGACAAGAGUUUCACUGGGAAAAAGUGCAAAAGAAAACAGUAGAGACAUGGAGGGGGGUUUACCUGACAGCUCGGAAGGAUGACCCCGGAGUCCAUUAGAGACGAAAACCUCCAGAAGACGCGUUAGAUUUUUUUUACUUUAACUGCUGCUUCACCUGUGGAGCUCUGGGUGCAGACAAGAAGCCCCAAACUGUCUCACAGUCCUCAACCUCCCAAUCUGGGCGACCCUGUCGAGCAUUUAUCAGAGACGUCUGGUGAUUCUUUGGAAGCCAUGUCUGAGGGAGAAGUUCCAAGUCCUUUUUCCAGAGGCAGCCGAACUCGAGCGAGUCUCCCGGUGGUGAGGUCAACCAACCAGACGAAAGAAAGAUCUCUGGGGGUUCUCUAUCUCCAGUAUGGGGACGAAACCAAGCAGCUCAGGAUGCCGAAUGAAAUCACAAGUGCAGACACAAUCCGUGCUCUCUUCGUAAGUGCCUUUCCACAGCAGCUCACCAUGAAGAUGCUAGAGUCGCCCAGUGUUGCCAUUUACAUCAAAGACGAAAGCAGAAAUGUCUAUUAUGAACUAAACGAUGUAAGGAACAUUCAGGACCGAUCGCUCCUCAAAGUGUACAAUAAGGACCCUGCGCACGCAUUCAAUCACACACCGAAAACUGUGAAUGGAGACAUGAGGAUGCAGAGAGAAAUUGUUUAUGCAAGAGGAGAUGGCCCUGGUGCCUCUCGGCCUGGAUCCACAGCUCAUCCACCCCAUGCCAUUCCAAGUUCUCCACCAUCCACUCCUGUGCCCCAUUCCAUGCCUCCUUCCCCAUCCAGAAUUCCUUACGGGGGCACCCGCCCGAUGGUUGUUCCUGGCAACGCCACCAUCCCCAGAGACAGACUCUCCAGCCUGCCAGUCUCCAGAUCCAUCUCACCCAGCCCAAGCGCCAUUUUGGAAAGAAGAGAUGUGAAGCCGGACGAAGACAUGAGUGGCAAGAACAUUGCCAUGUACCGAAACGAGGGCUUCUAUACUGAUCCCUACCUUUAUCACGAGGGACGGAUGAGCAUAGCCUCUUCCCAUGGUGGGCACCCGCUGGAUGUCCCUGAUCACAUCAUUGCAUAUCACCGCACGGCAAUUCGCUCGGCGAGUGCAUACUGCAACCCUUCCUUGCAAGCAGAAAUGCAUAUGGAGCAGUCACUGUACAGACAGAAAUCAAGGAAAUACCCAGAUAGCCACUUGCCUACUCUGGGCGCCAAAACACCUCCCGCCUCUCCCCACCGAGUCGGUGACCUGAGAAUGGUAGACAUGCAUGCCCACCAUAACGCCCACGGGCCCCCUCACACCCUGCAGCCAGAUCGGGCCUCUCCAAGCCGCCAGGCCUUCAAAAAGGAGCCCGGCACCUUGGUGUAUAUUGAAAAACCACGGACCGCUCCAGGAUUAUCCAGCAUUGUGGACUUCGGCCCACCUCUAGUUGAGAAGCAAGUGUUUGCUUACAGCACUGCUACAAUACCCAAAGAUAGAGAGACCAGAGAGAGGAUGCAAGCCAUGGAGAAACAGAUUGCCAGUUUAACUGGUCUUGUUCAGUCUGCGCUUUUUAAAGGGCCCAUUACGAGUAAUAGCAAAGAUGCGUCUAGCGAGAAAAUGAUGAAAUCCACAGCCAAUAAGAGCCACACAGAUGGUGCAGGUGGGGGAAAGACUGUCAGCGCACUGGAGUCCUCAGGGCCAUCCAGCCAGCCCCUGCCUGCCGGCACCUCGGCCAUGCACAUGAGUCUGCUUGACAUGAGGCGGAGUGUGGCCGAACUCAAGCUCCAGCUCCAACAGAUACGACAGCUUCAGCUGCAGAACCAGGAGCUGCUGAGGGCAAUGAUGAAGAAGGCCGAGCUAGAAAUCAGCAGCAAAGUGAUCGAAACCAUGAAGAGGCUGGAGGACCCUGUGCAGCGACAGCGCGUCCUCGUGGAACAAGAGAGACAGAAAUACCUGCACGAAGAGGAGAAGAUCGUCAAAAAGCUGUGUGAGCUGGAAGACUUCGUUGAAGACUUGAAGAAGGACUCCACGUCGGCUGCCCGAGUGGUCACUCUAAAAGAUGUGGAAGAUGGGGCUUUCCUCCUGCGACAAGUGGGAGAAGCAGUAGCCACCCUGAAAGGAGAAUUCCCCACCUUACAAAACAAGAUGCGAGCCAUCUUGCGUAUAGAAGUCGAGGCUGUGCGGUUUCUGAAGGAGGAGCCCCACAGGCUGGACAGCCUCCUGCAGAGAGUACGGAGCAUGACCGACACCCUGACCAUGUUGCGGAGACACGUCACUGAUGGGCUCUUGAAAGGUACAGAUGCAGCCCAGGCCGCACAGUACGUCGCUAUGGAAAAGGCCACAGCCGCGGAAGUCCUGAAGAGCCAGGAGGAGGCACCCCACACCUCAGGCCAGCCCCUCCACAGCGCAGGAGUCCCUGGCGACGUGAAGUCAGAAGUGGUGCCCCUGACCGUUCACCAUGCGCAGAGCUCCCCUGUGGUCAUCCAGCCCUCCCAGCUCUCCGCUGCCCUGCUCAACCCCGCCCAGCACUUGCCGGGGGGCUCGGGUCCCCACCCCACCAGCCCUUCGGCCACCACACAGGAAGUGACCUCAGCUCUGCAGUCGGCACAGGCUCCUCAGUCCCCACAGAUGCCCAUGAACGGCUCUGCCAUGCAGAGCUUGCUCAUUGAGGAAAUCCACAGCGCGAGCGCCAAGAACAGGGCAGUGUCCAUUGAGAAAGCAGAGAGGAAAUGGGAAGAGAAAAGGCAAAAUCUGGACCACUAUAACGGGAAAGAGUUUGAGAAGCUACUAGAAGAAGCUCAGGCCAACAUCAUGAGGUCAAUUCCAAACCUGGAGAUGCCACCAGCCUUGGGCCCACAACCAAAGGGCGAUGCUCCAGUAGACAAGCUAGAACUUUCAGAAGACUCUCCAAAUUCCGAACAAGACUUGGACAAGCUGGGGGGUAAGUCCCCACCUCCUCCUCCCCCACCCCCUCGGCGGAGCUACCUGCCAGGAUCAGGGCUCACCACCACGAGGUCCGGCGAUGUGGUCUACACCAGCAGGAAGGAGAACAUCACCGCUAAGGCAAGCAGUGAAGAUGCUGGACCAAGCCCCCAGGCUAGAGCCACUAAGUGUCCGACCGAGGAGGUGGCUUCCACCUGGGCCCCAUCCCCACCGCCAGUCGCUACCUCAUCCUCAAAGGACGAGGAGGAAGAAGAAGAAGGAGACAAAAUAAUGGCGGAACUCCAGGCAUUCCAGAAGUGUUCCUUUAUGGAUGUAAAUUCAAACAGUCACGCUGAGCAGUCCCGGGCUGACAGUCACGUUAAAGACACUAGGCCGGGGGCCACAGUCCCACCCAAGGAGAAGAAGAAUUUGGAAUUUUUCCAUGAAGACGUUCGGAAAUCUGAUGUCGAAUAUGAAAACGGCCCCCAAAUGGAAUCCCGAAAGGUUCCCACAGGGGCUCUCACACCCCUUGACCAUCCUAGAUGGGAAAUAGCAAUGGAGAAUAGUGUUUCUGAUGCAUCAAGAACAUCAGAGCAUAAAACAGACAUCCUAAAGAAGGAAAAUUCCAUAUCCGGCAAACGUUUAUUUAAAGACAGUAGAAACUAUACCCAGAAAAAUGUGUCUAAGGUCAAUCCCAGUUACUCUGGCCUUUGUUCAUUAGAUGAAAUAAACAAAGGACCUAAGAGCUCAGGACCGCAGUACCCUGUGCCUGACGCUGAGAAUCAGAAGAUGAAUUCUGGAAAGACGAAGGAGAUGAGACGAGAAAGACAGGAAAACGCAGAUAGGUGUGGCCUUCCCUCUCCCGCUAGGUCAACUGAAUUGAGCACGUGUGAUGUCAGAACUCAAGAUCAAGAGGUUCACAUGACAGAGUUCGGCCAGGUUGCUCUAAGACCCAAGGGGGCACGGCAUGCUAGCGUGAACCCCAGCGAGGACGGAGAAUCGACACCAAGUUCUCCCACUGAAGAAAAUGCGACCACCGACAACAUCGCCUUCAUGAUCACCAAAACUGCCGUCCAGGUGCUCUCCAGUGGGGAGGUCCGCGACAUAGUGAGCCAAAAGGGGGAAGAUGUACAGACGGUUAACAUUGACGCCAAGAAAGAAGCAACGUCCCCACAAGAAGGAGCUGAAAACGAAGAGCCAGUCGUGUGCCUAGACAAGAAACCAGUUAUCAUCAUUUUUGACGAGCCCAUGGACAUCCGGUCGGCAUACAAGAGACUUUCAACCAUAUUCGAGGAAUGCGACGAGGAAUUAGAGAGGAUGAUGACAGAGGAAAAGAUAGAGGAGGAGGAAGAGGAGGAAAACGGAGACCCUGUACUCCAGAAUAACACUUCCCAAAAGUUGCAUAAGAAGGUUGCAUCCGGCAGCCCCGGAUCAGGGCAGCAGGCUGAUGGUAAAUUCCAGCCACACUGCCCUUCACCAGAGGCUGAACCCCCAGGACAGGAAACGAGUAAGAACGAGCUGAGCAGGUUCAGCCACGCAGAUUCUCCAAGUGCAGAAAGCAAGGGUGACGUGACGGAUGACCAGUUUGAAAGCCCCAAGAAAAAGUUCAAAUUCAAAUUCCCUAAAAAGCAACUGGCGGCUCUCACUCAGGCAAUUCGCACGGGAACCAAAACGGGGAAGAAGACGCUGCAGGUGGUGGUCUACGAGGAGGAGGAGGAGGACGGCACUUUGAAGCAGCACAAGGAAGCUAAACGAUUUGAAAUCACUAGGUCCCAACCUGAAGACGCCCCCAAGAGUAUGCUUAGGAGACCAGAGCCACCCAGUGCAGAGAACGCGUCUGUGAUUUCCAGAACUGACGAAAUUAGAAAAAAUACCUACAGGACGCUGGACAGCCUGGAGCAGACCAUCAAACAGCUUGAAACCACAAUCAGUGAAAUGAGUCCAAAAGCCCUAGUGGACGCUUCAUGCUCUUCCAACAGAGAUUCUGUUGCAAGCUCAGCCCACAUAGCCCAAGAGGCCUCUCCCCGCUCCCUGCUAGUUCUGGAUGAAGCUCCCACUGCCCUAGAGCCCCCCUCGUCCGUACCUUCAGCCUCACGUAAGGGCGCCACCGGGACCCCACAGACGAGCAGGAUGCCGGUCCCCAUGAGUUCCAAGAACAGACCCGGAAGCCUGGACAAGCCUGGCAAGCAGUCCAAACUGCAGGACCCCCGCCAAUACCGUCAGGCUAAUGGAAGUGCUAAGAAAGCUGGUGGGGACUGUAAGCCUACUUUCCCCUCCUUACCUGCUUCUAAGAUUCCAGCCCUUUCUCCCAGCUCUGGGAAAAGCAGUUCUCUGCCCUCUUCUAGUGGUGACAGCUCUAACUUGCCUAUUCCACCUGCUACUAAACCACCGGUUACUUCUAACCCUCUCAGCCCCCAAACAGGACGAUCUGCUCCCUCUGCCUCCCUCAUCCCCUCUGUCUCUAAUGGCUCCUUAAAGUUUCAGAGCCCCACUCAUACAGGUAAAGGCCACCAUCUCUCAUUCUCACUGCAGACUCAAAACGGCCGAGCAGCCCCUUCCCCCUCCUCCUCCUCCUCCUCCCCGCCCUCCCCCGCCUCCCCCACUUCACUGAAUCAAGGUGCCAAGAGCAUCAGGACCAUCCACACUCCCGGCCUCACCAGCUACAAGGCACAGAACGGAAGUUCAAGCAAAGCCACCCCAUCCACAGCCAAGGAAACCUCUUAAAGGCCAAAUCCUGUUAGGUGAAAGUCGGAGUUACCUUUAAAAAAACACACAAAAAAUGUUUUUCGACAGUCUUCCACAACUGUUUUCCCAAGCGAAUGUAACAUAUUGCCGUACUGUUUGAGGCUUAAUGCUAAGUAUGUGCUAAAUACUGGAUUAAUAGAUGUCAGUGAAGCUUGUUUGUUUUCUUCGUUGCCAUUGUAAUUACAUAGUGUUUACUGUCUAUAGCCGAUACCUGUCAAAUGAAGUAAGCAUGUGUUACGAAAAGAGUGGCUGGCAGGAGAGAAGGGUGUGUGAGAGACGGGGAGGAAAAUGUACUCAGCAUGUAAAACAUGUAUGAUUCCAGAAUUUUAGUAUGUUUUGUACAAAAAUAUUUUUCAUUACGGAGACUAGACGUGAAACCGAGAAAUACACAAGUGUGACUAUCUAUACAAAUUGUAAAACAGAUACUAUAAUAUUUCCUUUUAUUUUGGUGUUAUUUAGCUUUAUUACAGAUUUCUAUUUUUGUCAGAACGUCAUGGUUCCUUUCAAGAUCUUUUUUGCCAAAAACAUUUUGAUACUAUAGCAUUGUACAUUUGAAAGUAGCGUGCUAGACAAAAAGCCAGUGAACUUCUACACGAGCCGACACGAGGCAUAUGUAGAAGGCAGUUUAUCAAACCUAUUGCACUGCCGUGAGAAUUAUGUAUAAUAAUUUGCAGCCCAAGCAAGCUAGUUUUCUUUGCUUUUCUUUCUUUCUUUCUUUCUCUUGUUUCUUUCUCUUAACAUAUUGGGAUUCUCUAGUUGUUUCCUUUCCAGUAUCUAAACCCUUCCUUUGUUUCCUGAGACCUGGUGACCCACACUCUUGCAUUGUGGAUUUUAAACAUGUACACUUCUGUACGGUUCUGUAAACUGAUCAACUUUUGUACAUAUAUAAAUAGACCUAAUAAAAAAUACCGUAUGUGGCAGCACAGAGUAGUUUUCGCACACCAAAGUUAAUUUUUAUGCAUGCUUUAAAAAUAUAUCUUGGGAUGGGCAGAAAUGGGGAUACCCGUGCAUUUUUAAAAAGCAACGAGUUUGCACAGAUAGAGUGUUUUUGUAAAUAAGUGUAUUUGUAUAACACAGUCAUGUAAUAUACAGAACGAUAAGCAGAGGCUUUGCAAAACUCAAUAAAGGGCUGCAUGCUUAUUAUUUUUUGUA